AUGUCAGGCAUUUGCCGUACAAGGCUACAGGAAGAACGGAAGCAAUGGAGAAGAGAUCAUCCAUUUGGGUUCUACGCACGUCCUGAGAAAGAGGCGGACGGCUCGCUCAAUCUCCUAGUAUGGGAAGUUGGUAUUCCCGGUAAAUCCAACACUCCAUGGGAAGGUGGUGUGUACAAACUAAAAAUGUACUUUCCGGAGGAAUACCCAUCAAAGCCGCCUAAAUGUAAAUUUACACCACCCUUGUUCCAUCCAAAUGUUUUUCCUUCAGGGACUGUAUGCUUAUCGAUUCUAGGUGCGUACGCUGAUUUCCUUAUGCGUUGCUCAGAUGAGGAGAAGAGCUGGAAACCAGCAAUUACCAUCAAGCAGAUUCUUUUAGGCAUUCAGGAUCUGCUUAAUGAUCCAAAUCCUGGUGAUCCUGCACAGGCAGAUGCUUUCCACUUGUUCAAACAGGACCGUGCCGCUUACGAGCGCAAAGUUCGACAGAUUGCGCGAGAACUUCAAGCGCAAGGUCAAGUUGCGUAG